GAUAAUAUAAAGAAUAGCGAUAUCAUUUGAUUUCUUUCUCGUGUACAACUAUUUCAACAUCUAAUUUCAACCCCAACGAAAAUGGAAACUUCAUCCCCUUCUCGUACUCCAGUUCUACGUCUCCGUCCGCUCUCUGAAUUCGACAACCCCUCUCGAGAAUCCAUACACGCAAGAGUAGCCAGCGAUGUCGCAAGAUAUUACAAUAAAGCAGUAUCAGCACCGAAUUCUAUGUCUGUAGAUAUUGGACCAGCGUACUACCCCGAAUUUUCCCACCGGAAGUCCUGGGAAGUAGAGUCUCCUGAAAGAUGCGAACCUAUUUCGCGAACCGAGCCACUUUUUGCUUCUCCUAUUGAAAGUCGUCCUUCCUCUCCGGAUGGAUCCACGGGUAGUAUGAUUACUCACGCCUCGUCUCAGACGGACGACUCCACUGAAUCUAGAGACGUGACGAUAAGAGACGACGAAUCAGUCAAAGAACGAGACCAAGCAACGGAACGCAGCUCCAAUCUACUUGAACAACUCCUGAUGGAGAAGUCAAAAAACUUGAUCUUGGAAAAGGAAAGAGACGAGGCAAUUCUCAGAACCGCAGAAACCAAGACGAAAUACGAAAUCAUAGAGAAGGAAAACGAUGAUGCCAAGCACCAAUUGUGGGAGACACGGUAUCAGAUGAAUAAAUUGGAGAAGAGGAAGACAAGUCUUUUCGCAAGCGAGAAAGUAGCAUUGAUACAGGCGCAGAGAGACCAAGCUAUCUUGCAAGCAGAGGCGAGUUUGAAAUUGCAGAAGAAGGCGGAGAAAGAAAGAGAUGAGGCAAAGCAACUUUUAGUUGAGGUUACAGAAUGGCAGAACGAAAAAUUGGGGGAGAUGGAUGAAGCAAGACGAGUCGCGGCGAAGAGAUUUGAAGAUAUGGAGUUGGCAGAAAGAGAAAGAGACGAAGCAUUGCAGCUCGCAUCCGAGAGAUUAAGUCGAAUGAAUGAAGCGCAGAGAAUCGCAUUGGUGAGAUUGAACGAGAUGGAGCUGGCGCAGAAGGAAAGAAAUGAAGCUCGACAUCAUGCAGCAGAGAGCUUGGGAAAAUGGAUCAGCUUGGAACAAAAAUACGAGGAAGAAAAGCAUGAAACGCAUUUGUUGCGAACGGAGGUAGAGAGGAUGAAAGAGGAGAAGAAGGGACGAGGUUACUGGACAUAUUUCCUUGGUGCAUUGUUCGAUUGAGAAUAUUUUGAGCAACUGUGCUCA